UUCACGGGCUAUAUUACAAUAUCAGAAAAAGAGAAGAUAGAGAUUCUAUAAACAUGAUUCAUAGUAAUUAAAGAGUCCCAAUCUUAAAAAACUGUCCUUCCUUCCUCACGGGCAGCUUAAAAACAAUGUCUUUAUCUCCCACUCUCUCACUAUAAUCACAUUUCACUUUUCCAAUUCUUCGUUACCAGACCCAAAAAUGGCAUCAUCUUCAUCUUCAUCUUCUCUCUUUCUCCAUUCACAAGCUCUCACCUUUAUCAUCUUACUUUCAUACUCUUUCUUCAUCUCUGUCAAAUCCCAAACAACCCCAGUUUUCGCCUGCGAUAUCGCCGGAAACCCAUCUCUAGCAAAUUUCACUUUCUGCGAUUCGUCGGCGACGAGUGCAGAUCGAGUGAAUGAUUUAGUAAAGAGACUUACAUUGUCGGAAAAAGUUGGGUUUUUGGUUAACUCUGCUAUUUCAGUUCAAAGACUUGGGAUUCCGAAAUAUGAAUGGUGGUCGGAGAUGUUACAUGGGGUUUCUGAUGUCGGUCCUGGUACUAGGUUCACCGGUCCGGUCCCCGGAGCUACUAGUUUUCCUCAGGUUAUUUUGACUGCGGCUUCUUUCAAUGUUACUCUUUUUCAAGCCAUUGGAAAGGUGGCAUCAACCGAAGCUAGGGCAAUGUACAAUGUAGGAUCAGCUGGAUUAACCUAUUGGUCUCCAAAUGUGAAUAUUUUUAGGGAUCCAAGGUGGGGAAGAGGUCAAGAAACUCCUGGUGAAGACCCUUUACUCUCUAGCAAAUAUGCAUCCAACUAUGUCAAGGGUUUGCAACAAUCCGAAGAUGGUGACAUAAACAAGCUCAAAGUCGCCGCUUGUUGCAAACAUUACACCGCCUACGAUGUCGAUAAUUGGAAAGGCACCGAUCGUUACCAUUUCAAUGCCGUGGUGAACCAACAAGAUUUGGAUGAUACAUUUCAGCCACCAUUCAAAAGUUGUGUUCUUGAUGGGAAUGUGGCUAGUGUCAUGUGUUCAUACAACAAAGUGAAUGGCAAGCCAACUUGUGCUGACCCUGACUUACUAGCAGGGGUCAUCCGAGGUCAAUGGAAACUUAAUGGGUACAUUGUUUCCGAUUGCGAUUCGAUAGAGGUGUUCUAUAACGACCAGAAGUAUACGAAGACACCCGAAGAGGCUGCAGCAGUGGCCCUUUUGGCAGGUUUGGACUUGAACUGCGGAGAUUACUUGGGGAAGUACACGGAGGGGGCGGUUAAAGCAGGGCUGGUUAACGAAUCGGUGGUUGAUAAGGCCAUUAGCAAUAACUUUGGUACGUUGAUGAGGCUUGGUUUCUUUGAAGGAGAUCCGAGAAAGCAACUAUAUGGAAAGCUCGGUCCUAAAGAUGUAUGCACGCAAGAGAAUCAAGAAUUGGCUCGAGAGGCGGCUAGGCAAGGCAUUGUUCUCCUCAAGAACACUCCCAAAGGCCUUCCUUUUUCUACCACUUUAAUCAAGUCUUUAGCCGUCAUUGGCCCCAACGCUAAUGUCACUCACACAAUGCUAGGCAACUACGAAGGAAAGCCAUGCAAAUACACAACCCCUUUGCAAGGUCUAACAAGCUUGGUUGCUACAACUUACGCACUCGGUUGUGCCAAUACUGCAUGUGGCACCGCCCAAUUGGAUGAUGCCAAGAAAAUUGCAGCCUCGGCCGAUGCUGUAGUCUUGGUUAUGGGCGCUGACCAGAGCAUCGAGGCAGAGAGUCGAGACCGAUUAGAUCUUACACUUCCGGGGCAACAACAACUAUUGAUCACACAAGUUGCAAGUGUCGCUAAGGGACCCGUUAUUCUUGUCAUUAUGUCGGGUGGAGGCAUGGAUGUUACGUUCGCAAAGGAAAGUGACAACAUCGCUAGCAUUCUUUGGGUCGGUUACCCGGGCCAAGCUGGUGGAGCUGCCAUUGCUGAUGUUAUCUUCGGUUACUAUAACCCUAGUGGAAGAUUACCCAUGAGUUGGUAUCCUCAAUCCUACGUAGACAAAGUACCUAUGACAAACAUGAACAUGCGACCGGAUCCAACAACAGGCUAUCCCGGGAGGACUUAUAGAUUCUACACCGGAGAGACCGUGUACACAUUUGGAGAUGGGCUAAGUUACACUUCAUUCAAUCACCACAUAGCACAAGCACCAAAGUUGAUAUCCAUUCCAUUAGGAUUGGAUCACACGUGUAGGUCUUCAAAGUGUAGAUCAAUCGACAUUCUAGACGAGCCUACAUGCCAAAACGUGUCGUUUAGCAUCCGAAUGCGUGUGAAGAACGUGGGAGGGAUGAGCGGAGGGCAGACUUUGUUCUUGUUCACGAGCCCGCCUUCGGUGCACAAUGCCCCGAGGAAGCAUUUGUUAGGGUUUGAGAAGGUGAAGAUGUUGAGGCCAAAAGAGGAAGGUAGUGUGAGUUUUAAGGUGGAUGUUUGUAAGGACUUGAGUGUGGUGGAUGAGGUUGGGAAUAGGAAAAUAGCAUUGGGACAACAUUUGCUUCAUGUGGGUGAUUUGAAACAUUCCUUAAAUAUAAGGAUUUGAUUUCAAAUACUCAUGAAUUCCAAGGGCUUUUGUUUACUUUUCUUUAUUGUGGGUUUUAUGAAAAAAUGUGGGGGGGGAAAUUGAAGAAUUGAGAACUUGGAAUUACAUAAAAAAAAAAAUUAAUAAUGUAACCAAGUUUUCACUUGUAAUCAGACAACUGGUUUAUUUAAGAACAUAAUCUUUUUUUCUUAUUUGUA